AUGGCACAGCAAGACGCCGUCCAGAAGGCGACGAACGAACAACUCGCCGCCAUUGCCGCCAUCUUGGCUCCUUUCGCCGGAAACUCAGGAGAUCCGGCCUCGACGGUCCGAAAACAGCUGUUCGACACUUGCCGAACAGCCGGCGUAGAAAACACGACGAACACAAACGCCGCCCAGGUUCAAACACCCGGUGGUGUAGACCUCGUCACCGUCCGGGAACUCGCUGAGCUUAACCAGUCGUUCCUGGACAUGAAAGACCGAAUGUCCAAAGGGCCUACGGCAGCGCCGCUGAUCGAACGCGUCCUGGCCGAAACCCUAAAAACCCAUUUUUCCCGGCGAGUCACCGACGUUCGGUACCGACCAGCCGAGAAAAUCUGCCUUCCGACAUACGCCGGAAAGGCAGACCCAACCGACCACUUCACUGCUUUCAACAUCGCGAUGGGUCGAACUAAAUUCUCCGAAGAGGAAAGAGGCGCUGGCUAUUGUCGCCUCUUCGUCGAAAGUCUUCAAGGACCAGCCCUCGGGUGGUUCACUGGAUUGGAGCGAGACUCCAUCCACGACUUCCACGACCUGACGACUGCAUUCCUCAAGCAGUACAUUAUGUUUACGAGACAAGGAGCGACCUUAUCUGACCUUUGGAAUCUAUCUCAAGGAUCAAACCAAAGCCUCCGUGACUUCAUGGAAAAGUUCAAAACGGUCGCCUCGAAGGUGCAAAUUCUAGACAGCGUCGCCGUCGACGCGCUGAUGAAUACCAUCUACUUCAAGUCCCUGUUUCGCGAGGAUCUCUACAUAAACCCCACCACUACGCUCCAGGAAGCUAUCGCGAGGUCGAACAACUUCAUCCGAAUGGAAGAAGACACAGCAGUGAUACUUAAGAAACUGAACACGGCCGCUAAACUGGCAACUGCUCCAAAAGCUCCUGAGGCACGCCAAGAACCUCGACAGCACGCCUCAGGUAACAAGCCUGACCAGCCAAAGAGCUUCGUCUAUGUGGUCGAAGACAAAAAUCCGUCCCCGGGAUCGACUGUCGUCGUACGCGAGAAAGGUUGGAAUGGUUGGGAGAACGACGAGAGGCCGCAAUCCUCUUCGGCACCUUCGACUUCGAGUCCUGGCUCGGCCGAGCCAAACCUAUGGUGCAGCUUCCAUAAGUCCAAGGCGCACGACACGAGGAACUGCAGGAAUCUGGCAAUCAAAGAGUUUGAUUUCAUUAAAAAUGAAGAAGAACCUUGCGUUUACAAGAAGACUAGUGAGAGCGAAGUUGUUUUCUUAGUGUUGUAUGUAGAUGACAUACUUCUCAUUCGAAAUGACGUUCUUAUGCUUAAUUCUGUUAAGACUUGGCUUGGAGGUUGUUUCUCAAUGAAAGACAUGGGAGAAGCUGCUACAUUCUUGGAAUAA